GCCGCCUCGCCAGCCACUGCCUCCGAGCCGGCCGCCGAGUCCCCGCUCCCGCGAGCCCUUCCCGCGCAGCCUCCGACUCCCGCCCCGCGCUCUCCGGGACUCGGCGCCCGUCGCUGCGCCCUCGCCGCCACCCUGGGCCGCUGCACCCGAGUGCACCCAGGCUCCCUGCUGGGCACAAACAGCUCCACCAUGGGGCUGACCUGGGGACUCAGUGUCCUAUUCCUGUUGCAUGCAUGUGGCUCCAGCCGCAUUCCCGAGUCUGGGGGAGACAACGGCGUGUUCGACAUCUUUGAACUCACCGGGGCUGCCCGUAAGGGCUCCGGGCGCCGCCUCGUGAAGGGUCCUGACCCUUCCAGCCCAGCUUUCCGCAUUGAGGAUGCCAACCUAAUCCCCCCAGUGCCUGAUGACAAGUUCCAAGACCUGGUGGAUGCUGUGCGGGCAGAGAAAGGCUUCCUUCUCUUGGCUUCCUUGAGGCAGAUGAAGAAGACCCGAGGCACGCUGCUGGCCAUAGAACGGAAAGACCACUCGGGCCAGGUCUUCAGUGUGGUCUCCAAUGGCAAAGCGGGCACCCUGGACCUGAGCCUGACCGUGCAGGGGAUGCAACACGUGGUGUCGGUGGAAGAAGCGCUGCUGGCGACCGGCCAGUGGAAGAGCAUCACCCUGUUUGUGCAGGAGGACCGGGCCCAGCUGUACAUUGGUUGUGAGAAAAUGGAGAACGCGGAGCUGGACGUCCCUGUCCAGAGCAUCUUCACCAGGGACCUGGCCACCACGGCCAGGCUCCGCGUCGCGAAAGGAGGGGUCAAUGACAACUUCCAGGGGGUGCUGCAGAACGUGAGGUUUGUCUUCGGAACCACACCAGAAGCCAUCCUCAGGAAUAAAGGCUGUUCCAGCGCCACCAAUGUCCUUCUCACCCUCGACAACAAUGUGGUAAACGGCUCCAGCCCUGCCAUCCGCACUAACUACAUAGGCCACAAGACGAAGGACCUGCAGGCCAUCUGCGGCAUCUCCUGUGAUGAGCUGUCCAGCAUGGUCCUGGAGUUGAGGGGCCUGCGCACCAUCGUGACCACGCUCCAGGACAGCAUCCGCAAAGUGACUGAAGAGAACAAAGAGUUGGCCAUUGAGCUGAGGAGGCCUCCCCUCUGCUACCACAAUGGAGUUCAGUACAGGAAUAACGAGGAGUGGACCGUUGAUAGCUGCACGGAGUGCCGCUGUCAGAACUCCAUUACCAUCUGCAAGAAAGUGUCCUGCCCCAUCAUGCCCUGCUCCAAUGCCACGGUCCCUGACGGAGAAUGCUGCCCACGGUGUUGGCCCAGCGACUCUGCGGAUGACGGCUGGUCCCCAUGGUCUGAGUGGACCUCCUGCUCUGCAACCUGUGGCAAUGGAAUCCAGCAGCGCGGUCGCUCCUGUGACAGUCUCAACAACCGAUGCGAGGGCUCCUCCGUCCAGACGCGGACCUGCCAUAUUCAGGAGUGCGAUAAGAGAUUUAAACAGGAUGGCGGCUGGAGCCACUGGUCCCCAUGGUCAUCUUGUUCCGUGACCUGUGGCGAUGGUGUGAUCACAAGAAUUCGACUCUGCAAUUCUCCGAGCCCCCAGAUGAACGGGAAGCCAUGUGAAGGCGAAGCCCGGGAGACCAAAGCCUGCCAGAAAGACGCGUGCCCCAUCAAUGGAGGCUGGGGUCCCUGGUCACUGUGGGACCUCUGUUCUGUCACCUGUGGAGGAGGGGUGCAGAAACGUAGCCGGCUCUGCAACAACCCCACACCCCAGUUUGGAGGCAAGGACUGUGUCGGUGACGCGACAGAAAACCAGAUCUGCAACAAGCAGGACUGCCCAAUUGAUGGAUGCCUGUCCAAUCCCUGCUUUGCUGGGGUCAAGUGCACGAGUUACCCAGACGGCAGCUGGAAGUGCGGUGCCUGCCCCCCGGGCUACAGCGGAAAUGGCGUCCAGUGCCAAGACGUGGAUGAGUGCAGAGAAGUACCCGAUGCCUGCUUCCACCACAGCGGCGAGCACCGGUGUGAGAACACGGACCCCGGCUACAACUGCCUGCCCUGCCCGCCGCGCUUCACGGGCCCGCAGCCCUUCGGCCAGGGUGUGGACUACGCCACCGCCCACAAGCAGGUGUGCAAGCCGCGCAACCCCUGCACGGACGGGACGCACGACUGCAACAAGAACGCCAAGUGCAGCUACCUGGGCCACUACAGCGACCCCAUGUACCGCUGCGAGUGCCAGCCCGGCUACGCGGGCAAUGGCAUCAUCUGCGGGGAGGACACGGACCUGGACGGAUGGCCCAACGAGGACCUGGUGUGCGUGGCCAAUGCCACCUACCACUGCAAGAAGGAUAACUGCCCCAACCUGCCCAACUCCGGGCAGGAGGACUAUGACAAGGACGGGAUCGGUGACGCCUGUGAUGACGAUGAUGACAAUGAUAAAAUCCCAGACGACAGGGACAACUGCCCCUUCCAUUACAACCCAGCCCAGUAUGACUAUGACCGAGAUGACGUGGGAGACCGCUGUGACAACUGCCCCUACAACCACAACCCAGAUCAGGCUGACACGGACAAUAAUGGGGAAGGAGAUGCCUGCGCCGCAGACAUCGAUGGGGACGGUAUCCUCAAUGAACGAGACAACUGUCAGUAUGUCUACAACGUGGACCAGAGGGACACGGAUAUGGACGGGGUUGGAGAUCAGUGUGACAACUGCCCUCUGGAAUACAAUCCAGAUCAGCUCGACUCUGACUCAGACCGCAUUGGAGAUACCUGUGACAACAAUCAGGAUAUUGAUGAAGAUGGCCACCAGAACAACCUGGACAACUGUCCCUAUGUGCCCAAUGCCAACCAGGCUGACCAUGACAAAGAUGGCAAGGGAGAUGCCUGUGACCAUGAUGAUGACAAUGAUGGCAUUCCUGAUGAUAGGGACAACUGCAGACUCGUGCCCAAUCCUGACCAGAAGGAUUCUGAUGGUGAUGGUCGAGGUGAUGCUUGCAAAGAUGAUUUUGACCAUGACAAUGUGCCAGACAUCGAUGACAUCUGUCCUGAAAACAUUGAUAUCAGCGAGACUGAUUUCCGCCGAUUCCAGAUGAUUCCUCUAGACCCCAAAGGGACAUCCCAGAAUGACCCUAACUGGGUUGUACGCCAUCAGGGUAAAGAACUUGUCCAGACCGUCAACUGUGAUCCCGGACUUGCUGUAGGUUAUGAUGAGUUUAAUGCCGUGGACUUCAGUGGCACCUUCUUCAUCAACACUGAAAGAGAUGACGACUAUGCUGGAUUUGUGUUCGGCUACCAGUCUAGCAGCCGCUUUUAUGUCGUAAUGUGGAAGCAAGUCACCCAGUCCUACUGGGACACCAACCCCACUAGGGCUCAGGGAUACUCAGGCCUUUCUGUGAAAGUCGUGAACUCUACCACGGGGCCAGGAGAGCACCUGCGGAAUGCCCUGUGGCACACGGGAAACACCCCAGGCCAGGUGCGCACUCUGUGGCAUGACCCUCGUCACAUAGGCUGGAAAGAUUUCACUGCCUACAGAUGGCGUCUCAGCCACCGGCCCAAGACCGGCUUCAUUAGAGUGGUGAUGUAUGAAGGGAAGAAAAUCAUGGCUGACUCAGGACCCAUCUAUGACAAAACCUAUGCUGGUGGUAGGCUAGGGUUGUUUGUCUUCUCUCAAGAAAUGGUGUUCUUCUCCGACCUGAAAUACGAAUGCAGAGAUUCCUAAUCCUCAAACUGUUGAUCAAAAGACUGAUCCUAACCAAUGCUGGUGCUGCACCUUCUGGAACCACGGGCUUAAGAAAACCCCCAGGAUCCCUCCUCCCUGCCUUUUCUCUGCUUGCAUAUCAUUGUGGACUCCUAGAAUAUGGGACUUGCCUUGAGAAAAUGCCAUUUUCCCCAAUCAGACUCCGCAUGCAGCCUCUGACUGCGAAGAGACUCGUCCAAGAACAUCAACAAUUUCGUUGGU